UGUUAUCCUGUUACCCCAUUAUUCUCUUCUUUGAAUUUUAGCGGCUCGCUCAUUUGUAUGACACUCUUCAUCGUGCAUACAGUAAAGUAACAGAAGUUAUGCAUACAGGCAAGAGACUGCUAGGAACUUACUUCAGGGUAGCAUUCUUUGGACAGGGAUUCUUUGAGGAUGAAGAUGGAAAGGAGUAUAUUUAUAAAGAGCCUAAACUCACACCUCUUUCAGAGAUUUCUCAAAGACUCCAGAAACUCUACUCUGACAAAUUUGGAUCUGAAAAUGUCAAAAUGAUUCAGGAUUCUGGCAAAGUAAAUCCAAAGGAUUUAGAUUCAAAAUAUGCACACAUUCAGGUUACACAUGUAGUUCUUUACUUUGAAGAAAGAGUUGCAAGAAAGGAAAGCAGAUUUUGA